CGAAUUGUUCCUCUUGGAUCACUUUAUUACAGUAACAUCGAAAAGAGAAUAAGACUUUUACUAAUUUUCCCGACACAUCGGAGAGAUCAAACGAUCGUUAAAAAGACGCGGGAAAAUCAUCGGGAGAAAGACAAUGUCUCGUUUUCUUAUCUCGACCUUACUUCUUCUUCUUUUACUCGCAUUAACCAUAUCUCCAAGCCACAGCUUCCUCAAAACCAAUAAGAAGAUAAACUCUGCAACUUUCUUAUCACCAAAACUAGUAAUGACUCCAGGAUCAGUCGCAAACCCUUUCCUCUUCGACAUCGACUUCCCUCGAGGUCACAUCGGCGUCAAAAGCUUCGACGCCGAAGUAGUCGACCAAGAUGGCAACCCCGUGCCUCUACACGAGACCUAUCUUCACCACUGGGUCGUGCAACCUUACUAUGUACGCAAAAACUUCAACCUCUCUCAUCGAGACAUGCCUAGGAACCACGGGUUCUCAAGGCAUCUCGGUUCUUCGAAACCUGAUUACAUUCUCGUUAAAAACGGAGGGUUGUGUAGGAACACGGUCAGACAUUUCUUCGGGUUAGGAUCAGAGACACGCAAGACCUCCACACGUGUCCCUGAUCCUUACGCGAUUGAGAUCGAUAACCCGGAGGAGAGACCAGAUGGGUAUGAGUUCAAGUGGCUUCUCAACAUCCACGCGAUUGACACUAGGGGGGUUGUGGAUAGAUCAGGAUGCAUAGAGUGUCGUUGUGAUUUGUAUAAUGUGACGAUUGAUGAGUACGGUCGUGCUAUUAAACCGGAUUAUAAAGGUGGUUUGUACUGCUGUUAUGAUAAGACUCAGUGUUUGGUGAGAAACGAGUUUGAGAAUGUGGGGAAAACGAGAACUCUGUUUCUUAAGUAUACUGUGAGAUGGGUUGAUUGGGACAGCUCGGUGUUGCCUGCUAAGGUUUAUAUUCUUGAUGUUACUGAUUCUUGGGAACGGUCAGAAGGGUGGAAUAUGAGGUGA